AUUAGUUUGACAGCAGUUUCUUUUCGUUAUCAAUAAUUAUCAGAUUUAUCAGUCUGAUUGUGUAGUAGCGUAAAUUGAAGUGCUCGUAAAUAAAAUUAAAGUAAUAAUGUUAACAUCGUUGAGUAAACGGUAAACAGCAUGUAUGAUAGCACGUGCGGCGCCGCCGCUACGGGACAAUGUGGGAAGUCGCAACGCGAGGGAGACGGGCCUCCGCCGCGCGAGCCUCCACCGGCACCUCUAGAACGCGAUUACAGCGGCUUUGAUAUAGUAAAGGCUACACAAUACGGGGCUUUUGCUCGUGUAAAGGAACUUGUCGAGGCCGGUUGGGAUGUAAAUCAACCAGACCAUGAAACAGUAACUCUCUUACACUGGGCCUCUAUAAACAAUAGACGGGAGAUCAUCGAGUACCUGCUGUCGAAAGGCGCGAAAGUGGACGCGAUCGGCGGCGAGUUGCAGUCGACACCGCUGCACUGGGCCACGCGCCAGGGCCACCUGGAGGCCACGGUGCUGCUGGUGCGCGCGGGCGCCGACGCCUCGCUGCGCGACGCAGAGGGCUGCGCGUGCCUGCACCUGGCGGCGCAGUUCGGCCACACGGCGGUCGUGGCCUACCUGGUGGCGCGCGGCGUGGCCGCCGACGGGCCCGACGCGGGCGGCAUGACGCCGCUCAUGUGGGCAUGCUGGAAGGUGUCGGCCGUGGACCCGGCGCGCCUGCUGCUCACCCUGGGCGCCUCCACCAACCCCACUGACCGCUCUCACGGCAACACUGCACUGCACUGGGCCAUUCUCGCUCGCAAUACUACGGCUAUCACUACCUUGAUCCUCUAUGGUAACGCCAGCUUAGACGUACCCAACCUUCGCGGAGUGACGCCUCUCGCAAUGUUGCAGAGUAAUGCGGACUCGUUGUGGGUUGGAUCCAAGGUAGCCGACAAAAUAAAAGAACAUGCUGUGAUAUCUUCCAAGAAAAACAUGUUUCGUCGACUGGCGUACGACAAGAAGUUCCGGUGGUGGUGUGUAGUGAGCAUCCCCUUUCUAGCGUUCUACAUCACGGGGCUGGUGCUGGAGAUGGACGCCAUGUAUCCUAUCAAGGCCUUCCUUCUCGUCUGCUUCUACGCGCUGCUCCACUUUCUGACCAACGCGCUCUUCGACGACGACCUUAAGAAUAUAUUCCCUCUGAGCGUGUAUCUAGCGACUAAGGUGUGGUUCUACAUCACGUGGCUGGCGUUCGUGGCGCCCGUGGUGAGCGGCGCGGCCACGGCCGGCUUCCUGCUGAGCUCGCUGGCGCUCUGGUACACGUUCCUGCGCUCGUGGCGCAGCGAUCCCGGCGUCAUCAGCGCCAGCCGCGCCGACAAGUUCCGCACCAUCAUCGAGCUGUCGGAGCGCGGCGGCGCGGGCGGCGGCUUCGAGCCGGCGCGCUUCUGCUCCGCGUGCCUGCUGCGGCGCCCGCUGCGCUCCAAGCACUGCUCCGUGUGCAACCGCUGCGUGGCCAAGUUCGACCACCACUGCCCGUGGGUCGCCAACUGCAUCGGAGCAAAGAACCACCGCUACUUCGUGGGAUUCCUGGUGAGCCUGGUGGUGAUGUGCGCGUGGAUGCUGUGGGGGGCGGCGCGCUCGUUCUCGGAGCGCUGUGGGCCCGCGACCGGUCUCGCCGCGCCGCUGGCCUGGGCCUCGUGCGACGCGUGGCUGGCCUGGGUGUCGCUCAACGCCGCCUUCCACCUGUUCUGGGUGACGGUGCUGGCGUGCUGCCAGCUGUACCUCGUGGUGUGCCUGGGCAUGACGACCAACGAGCAGCUGAACCGCGGGCGCUACCGGCACUUCCAGGCGCGCGGGGGGCGCUCCCCCUUCAGCCGCGGGCCGCUCAACAAUCUGGCCGACUUCCUGGGCUGCGGUCUGUGCUGUGCCUCCGUGCGCGCGCGUGAUUGGGCCGCGGCCGGCCUCGACGAGCCGGACGGGCCGGAAGGACCGGACGGGCCGGACGCUGACGAGCGGCCUAUGCUGUCACCGCGACACUUCGUGUGAGCGCCUCGGGCCGGCGGGGUGGGGGGAGGUGAUAUGCUGAGUCACUAUUGCGUCGUGUCGUUUGUAAAUUAUAUUUUUGUAAGUGUGUCCGAGGCGAUUGUUGACGAGAAGAUUAUUAUUAUUUUAAUCAAAUUAGUACAAAACAUAAAUAUUAAGUAGACAGUUCCGUCUGUUGACGCUUUUGGUUUUUUCUCCUGAAAUGUCGACUGUAAUUAUGACUAAUUUCAUAUUCGAAGUCAAACUCGAAGUGUGCGGUUACACAACAUUACCCACAAAUAUACGGGCGUUUUGACAUUUUAUGACUGUUGUUAUGUAUCAACACCGGUAUUGUACAUUAGAAAUAUCUAUUAUAUAAAUCGUAUCGGUUGCGGCGGCUGCGGGUCGCUGACCGCUCGCAGUUCGCUGUCAAAUAAUAAUGACGUCUGUUUAUAUUGUUAUAUUUAAUUCUUUUUACAAUUUUGACGCUUUGAUAUUACCUGAAGAUGCGAGAGGACGUCGUGCGUUAAUUUAAUCAUUAUUAUACUCAACGACAAAUAAUAUAGUACAGAAAGUCAUAAUUAUACGUUUCACAAGUACCUGUGUGUGCGUGCGUGUGUGCAAGUGUUGACGCGUCAGUAUUAGCACGACUGUCCCACUAAAAUUGUUCGAUGUAAAUACUUUGAAGAUGUAAUAAUAUUUUAUCAUAAAUAUUUAACUACUUAACUAUAUACUAGGUAUGCUUCAUAUCGGGUUAAAAUACGAACAAACAAAAUAUUCUAAAUGCAUAUUCCUGUUUUAUUAAAUUUAUACUUCGUAAGCUUAAAGCGAGUGUUCAGGAGACUAAUUUAUUCGACACGUGUCGAUGUAACUUUGUAAAGAGUGAUAAUAUUGUGUAACGAUAUAAUACCAAAUGCAUUUGAAUUUAAUAAAGAAAAUAAAAACUGAUAA